CUCCAGCUCAAGAGCAGGUUUGGCUCGAAUCCUUGGCACAAGGGCCGAGGUGCGGUCUGGGGCCGAGGUGGCCCUCGGGGAGGCAGUUGAGCGCAUAUGCUCGACUGGUGCCUCUGGCGGGCGGCCCUGUGCGAGGACUGUGAAGAGGCCGAGGAGACGGAGAGCUCGGAGGAUGCCGGGGCGCAGGCGUGGGGGUUGCAGCCAGGGCGCGAGUGGUUUGGUGUGCCCAUUCAAAGGAGAGCGGGUUGAGGCAGCAGCAGCUGGCCUUCGGGGCGGUCCCUCGUCGCCAUGGCUGGGCGCAGCUUGGGAAACUGAUGCGUUUGGACCCGGGAGGGGGCCGGGCACCGACUCUGAGCUGCCGUUGUCCCAAGUCGCCCUGCUCCGAUCAACGGGGCUGUGGGCGGGGUUUGCCAGCAUGCGGAGAUCCUGGGUGCACCCUGGGGCCAGGGGCACUUUUGGCAACGCCCGACCACGGGGCCCGGCAGCGACCGAGCGGACCACCCUCCUUGGGGCUCAAGGCGGCGGUCGCGGUCGCGGCCAGCUGCCUCUUGACACCACUUGACGUUGACCUGGCAUGGGGAGGGUCCGCUCGGCUGCCCUUUGGGCCCCUGGCCUUCUGGGUGCCUAGUCCACGAUCCAGACAUGUGACAUAUUGAUGAAUUCAAUCGGCAAAUUAUUAUUUUUGCGGGGGAGGGGAAUUCGGGGUUGUCAACACCCAGCGAUAUUCGCCGUGUGCGGACGUGUACGGGUGUUUUCGACCAUGUAGGAUAGCCCAGGGGUGAUAUCCGACAGGAGAAACAAUCGCCCAACGGAGGCCAGCACGUCGAACAAUACUCGGCAGACACUUCGGCCGCCGACCCUCGUGCCAAAUUGCAGAGCCAGUGUUUUGGGAUCGGGGGGGGGCAACGUGCAGCAUUAAGAACGUCCUGCGGUUAAGGGGCCCCCGAAAGUCCCGACCUUUUCCUUGGACCUGCUCGGUAUGGAGGCGACCGACGAGACGUCCCGGGACAUCAAGUCCUUUGACAUCAAGCUGCACAGCGCCGAGCUCUCUCGGUCGUUCGCCAAGAUCGGGUGGAUGGCCCCUUACGCCAUCGUGGUGCUUGGCGAUUCCCGCGUCGAGGCUGGGCGGACACCAGCUGCCAAGCACGCUCACAAAAAGCCCGUCUGGAACAGCGAUCUGCACAUCAACGUGAAGCACGUGCCAGACUCGAUAACCAUCGCCGUAUGGGACAAGAACAACUUCCACAGAGACGUGUUCUGCGGCUCGACCACGGUACCCUGUGCACAAGACAUGGGGACGCUUUCGCAGAAGACCUUCACACUGACGAAGAAGGACAAGCCAACGGGGAGCAUCAAGUUAACCAUAAGCGUCCAGUUCGAGGACAGCAGCGACGCGGUUAUCGCAAGUAAGUCUGGCUUGGGCCCCGAGUUGGACGUGAUCUCCUCGUGGGCGGACACUUCUGGCGCCGCGCACGGGGCAGCAAUCUCUUUCAGGCAGGGCGAGGACUGGGCGGCUCAGGGCUGCAAGGCCCACGGGGAGCCCCCGUCGGCGGAGGAGCACGAGGGCGAGAAGGAGGGAGGCGCCGACGUGCCAGCACCGGCCGAAGUGCCGACCAGCACGCCGACUGCCGCUGGGACCCCCUGCGCACCGCUCCUGGGCAAGUGGAAGUGCGUGGACACGUGGGGCCUCGACGACUUCCUGAAGGCGCAGAAGCGGUCCUUCUUCGAGCGCAAGACAGCUGGGGCCGCCAGGUGGCCCGACUGGGAGUUCAAGCUGUCUGGCGACAAGGUCAUCUUCCUCAACAGCACGAUGAUCGGCCUCCUGACGGAGGAGAUCCCCCUGGGGGAAGAGUACGAGAACGUCGACGGGCAGAAAAAUGUCUGGUCGGUCAUGGCCACUUGGACGCCAGCGGGCGCGUCGGGCGGAUCCUUGGUGCAGGACCGCAAGGGCAGGAAGGAGCUCGGAGAGGUCCGGGAGGAGAGGACCGUUGCGGGAGACAAGUUGGAGUUCAAGUUGACCAAGGAGGGCACGAGUUGGGGGCGCAGCUUCGUGCGCGUCUGAGCGCGCUUCGGCCUCUGUCUCACAGCGCCAGACCCUCCUCUCAAUCCGCCUACCUCCUCCUAUCAUCGAUCCUCCUCCUCGUCGUCCUCCUCCUCCUCUUCCUCCUCGUCCUCAUCGUGCUGUUCCCCCUCGCCGUUCUGGUGAGCGCGCUCCUCGCGACCCCCUCUCUGCAGCAUCCUGGCCUCGGCCCACGUGGUGGGCCGUGCUUCUGUGUUUCACUGCCAAUGCUGUCGUGGAUCGUGAUGGUGAGGACUUUGAUUCGCACAUGCGGUUGGUUUUCUCUUUUAAGCCGCACCAGGUACACACCCCACCAGGCUUCCUUACUCUGGCAUCCAGGCUGCCUCACGAUGGCAUCCCAUGAUACGCCAAGCAUUGCGGCAGUUUGUGUUGGAGGCCCUGCUGGAUGACCGCCAGCUUUGGUGCGCAUGCAUCCCUGCAGGGGAGCGCCUGCGACGAAAA